AUGAUGCCCUCUGGGGAUGCAGAAGGUUUGCUCGGGGAUUCCGUGAUGACGCUGUCCUCCGUCCACUCUGGGGAUCUGUAUGGCUACCUCAGCCAGCAGGCCAUUGCAGCUGCGGUGGCGAAUGACCCUCGGGCAAAGUCCAGGCUGAAGAUGCCCAAAGCUCCGCUGCCCAAGCUGGUGGAUGUUCGGAAGACAGGACCAGGCGACGAAGAAGCAGCGCGCUACGCGGAGAAGGGCACGAAGGCGGAGGUCACGGCGGCCAUGGUGCAAGCAGCCCGGAUGCGGCCAAAGCGAGGUCCCUCCAGGGCAGCCUCGAAAACAUCGACAGCUCAGCCGAAGAAGCACGAGCCGGCCCACGUGCACUUUCCGGAGGAGCCAAAGGAGCCAAAGGAGCCAAAGGAGCGAAGACGGUCCCUGGCAGAGGAGGAGGCAGACCAGAAGAGGAUGCCAGGACUGGUGCCAGACAUCCGGGUGAAGUCGCCAGGGGUCAGCCACGGCAGCCACCGCACGGACAGUGAUCCCGUGUCUCCGGCAUCCUCAGGUUGGAGCCAGCCGAGCGAGAGGCUCGGUGGACGUACUCCCAGGACGGCAGGUAUGGUUCUCACCACGCGCCCCAAGGACGUGAAGCCGUGCAUGCUGUCGGCCAAGGCGAGGCAGUACUUUAACGGUGCAUCGCUCCGGUGA